GUCUCCAGUUCAGCCCCAGAGAGAGAUGAUGAACGAGCUGUUAACUCCUGCUGAAGAAACAUUUACUGAGUUUAAAGGAAUCAUCGUCAAGACCGAGGAAGAGCUCGAUGGUCAGCACAGACUGCUGGAUUUCAGCCGGAUCCCCCUGAUCAUCUUACACCGAAUAGAUCUCUCGCAAUAUUAUGCAUGUAAAGAGGAGGGGGUCCCCACUGAGCUCAGCAACCAGGAGGGGAACUCCACUUUAGAUCAAGAGGAACCAGAAUCUCUGCAGAUAAAACAGGAGCAAGAGGAACUAGAACAUCAACAGUUCAAAGAGGAAGAGGAGCAACUCUGCAUCGCUCAGGAUGAAAACCAGCUUGUGCUUAAACAGGAGACUGAUGACAUUUUGGUGAUUCCUUCGGAUGUGCAAACUAUUCACAAUGAAACAGAACCGAACAGGGACCAACUCAUCUCUCAGGCCACCGCUAAAGUUGAGAACCAGGAUCAAGAACCUGGAGAAAAGAGAGAUGAAGAACAGAAACAAAAUGAGAGAUGCCAGAAAACCAAACAGCAGAAAGGAGCUACUGACAGUUCAACACAAAAAAUGCACGAGAAAACUCAUCCAGACCAAAAUAUAUAUUCAUGUAAAAUUUGUAAUAAAAUCUUUCCUCCAAAAAGCCGUUUGAUUAGACACAUGAGAUCUCACACAGGUGAGAAGCCUUACUCCUGUACAACCUGUGGAAAAAGUUACAGUUACAAAGAUGUUUUAAAUGAUCACAUGAGGACUCACACAGGUGAGAAGCCUUACUCAUGUACGACUUGUGGAAAGAGUUACAUUGAAAGAAGUGGUUUAACUUAUCACAUGAGAACUCACACAGGUGAGAAACCUUUCCUAUGUGUGAUCUGUAAAAAAAGUUUCAUAAGAAGGUCUAAUUUAACUAGUCACAUGAGAACUCACACAGGUGAGAAGCCUUUCACAUGUGUUACUUGUGAAAAACGUUUUAGUCAGAAACAGCUUUUAACAAUUCACAUGAGAAGUCACACAAUUCUUAAGCGAAACACGACAAGUACAAUUCUGAAGCCUUUCUUGUGUUCGAUUUGUGAAAAAAGGUUCACCAGCAGAAACUACUUAAAUGUUCACAUGAGAUCUCACACAGGUGAGAAGCCUUUCUCAUGUACGACCUGUGAAAAAAAGUUCACAAAUAAAGGCGGCUUAAUUUAUCACAUGAAAUCUCACACAGGUGAGAGACCUUUCAGGUGUGUUACUUGUGAAAAAAGUUUCAGAAACAGUUCCCAUUUGGCACGUCAUGUUAGAACUCACACAGGCGAGCAGCCUUUCUCAUGUACGACCUGUGAAAAAAAGUUCACGUAUAAAGAAGGUUUAAUUUAUCACAUGAAAUCUCACACUGGUGAGAGGCCUUUCAGGUGUGUUACUUGUAAAAAAAGCUUUAGUAAUCAAAGCUUUUUAACUGUUCACAUGAGAACUCACACAUGUGAGAAACCUUUCUCAUGUGUGACCUGUGAAAAAAGUUUCAGAAACAGAUCUGAUUUAACAUGUCACAUGAGAACCCACACAGGUGAAAAGCCUUUCUUAUGUAUGACCUGUAAAAAAAGUUUCAGAAACAGUUCCCAUUUGGCACGUCAUGUUAGAACUCACACAGGCGAGCAGCCUUUCUCAUGUACGACCUGUGAAAAAAAGUUCACGUAUAAAGAAGGUUUAAUUUAUCACAUGAAAUCUCACACUGGUGAGAGGCCUUUCAGGUGUGUUACUUGUAAAAAAAGCUUUAGUAAUCAAAGCUUUUUAACUGUUCACAUGAGAACUCACACAUGUGAGAAACCUUUCUCAUGUGUGACCUGUGAAAAAAGUUUCAGAAACAGAUCUGAUUUAACAUGUCACAUGAGAACCCACACAGGUGAAAAGCCUUUCUUAUGUAUGACCUGUAAAAAAAGUUUCAGAAACAGUUCCCAUUUGGCGCGCCACAUGAGAACUCACACAGGCGAGCAGCCUUUCUCAUGUACCACCUGUGAAAAAAGGUUCACAUAUAGAGGCAGUUUAAUUUAUCACAUGAGAACUCACACAGGUGAGAGGCCUUUCAGGUGUGUGACUUGUGAAAAAAGUUUCAGUAAUAAAAGCGUUUUAACUAUUCACAUGAGAACUCACACAGGUGAGAAGCCUUUCUCAUGUAUAACCUGUGAAAAAGGUUUCAGUAAGAAAGACCUUUUAACUAUUCACAUGAGAACUCACACUGGCGAGCAGCCUUUCUCAUGUACGACCUGUGAAAAAAGGUUCACCAGUAAAGGCAAUUUAAUUAGUCACAUGAGAAGACACACAGGUGAGAAGCCUUUCUCAUGUACGACCUGUGAAAAAAGGUUCACGUAUAGAGGCAGUUUAGUUUUUCACAUGAAAGGUCACACGGGUCCGAUGGCAUAGUGUCAACCUCAAGGUCAAGGUGCUCGUUAACUUGCUGUUUAGAAGGCAGAGUAAUUACAGUUCGAUCUUUAAAAUCAUGCAGCUUGGUUAAAAAUGCAUUUCAAAUUUACAUUCUCAGAGUUUAAACUUCCCAUUUGAAAGAGAUUAUUUUUAGAUGAUAUUCAUUUACAGUAUAACUGCCUUAAUUAAAAGGGGUGUUAAUGGAUUUAGUCAUAGUUAGCCCUUUUCCACCAACACGGCUCGUAGCCCGUUUUGGUUCCUGAACGUGAUUUCGAGCCGGUGACUCGUGUUUCUACCAACAAAAAGAGGUUCUAGAGCAGGAACAUUACAGUUCGACAACAUUACAGAUGACAAAGAACAUCCUGUAUAAACAUUUUUUAUAUGUUUUCAAAAGCAGGCCAAACACGAAUUGUAUAACUACUUGUUUCCGUUACCCUCACGGAUGCUGAACAUAGGCAUAUGAAAACAUUGUACAAACCAUUGUUGCAUGGAGUCGGCGUCCCCUUUUCUGUAUUAAGUGACGUUUCUUUUUUUUUCUCUAUUACAAGGAAGAUUGCGCACAACGCUGCAAACUCCAUUGUCUCGGUACCAUGCUGCCCUCGCUCUGUGUAACCCUCACUGUUGAUGACUCCUGCUUGGUUCCCAAAACUGGUGGAAACGCACAUUUCUCCUUAACAAAACACGAAAGUUCAAAGGCAUGCGAACCGCACUGGUUCAAGAGUUUCUUCGUUGGAGAAACGUUAAGUUGGUCUUAAAGAGUGAAUGGGUUAAAAUGCUUUCAGAUUCAUACUGCAGCGACUUUAAGAACUUUCAGAGUCUUUUUGUGUGUGUUUAUCCUUUGUUGUAAUCAUACUGAAUUUUUUUUUUCAAUUGAUAAUUUUGGUAACUGGAUACAUGUUAGAGGUCAAUGUACAGGCUAGUAGGUUACAAAUUAAUUGCCCAUUGAGAUUAUUAAAGUUUCCUGAAUUUUUUAUCUACAUAUCGCACAUUAUUUACCAUUAUUUUCUUUUAGUUUCUGAUUCAGGAAGUAAAUACUUCUAAUUAUAUGAUGGCAACAACACAGACAUAAGGUGUACCAAAUUAUGAUGACACCUGAGAGGUUUUAUAUAACUUUAUUCUUUAAAUAUCUUCAUUGACUUCAUUCUUGUAAUACGAUUCUAAAUUGUAAAGUUUUUUUUACCUUCAUUUUCUCUCCCUGUCAGCUGUUUUCUCUUAAAUCAGUGUUUUGUUUUACUUUUCACACUUCUCUUAAAAUCCCUCUUUCAAAUAUACAUGUCUCAUCUUUUAAUUUAGUUCUGGAAAAUGAAGGGAUUUAUUAUAGGUAAACACCUCAAAAUAACCUUGUUGUACCCCUAAAAGCAGCAAUAAAAUGCAUUCUGAGGAAACCCUACCCCUUAAUACACAGUGUUACCUCAUUUGACUGAACAAUGAGAUACUUUUUGUUGCCAUCUAUCAAUCUAUUUAACCCUGAAGUAAGUUUGCCUAACUCCUUACAUUGAGCUGGGAGGCAUUUGAUGGGUUUCUUUCAUGUAAAGCCCAUUUUCAAUAUCUCAUAUUGUUCCAAAUAUUUUGACACAGCCCUCUGUCAUUUAUACAUAUUAAAGGAAAAUUCUUCUGUUU